AUGUUGUCAGCCCUCACAUUGAUCUGCGCCGUCUAUUCGCAACAUUCAAAAUCGACAUACUCUGCCGCGGCGUUGAUGGAUGAGUUUGGGAUCUUCUCGCCCGCGAUGCACGUAGUAGAGUACGAGCAAGUGCAGUUCAAGCUUCCGAAUCCUCUCAACUCCUCCAAGUACGUUGGCAUCACAGACGAUGUCGAGAAUGCGUGGAUGGAUAUUGCAUACCUACCCGACCAAAUGGUCUCCAUGGAAGACUUUCCCAAGCUACAAAAGCCCGAAGACUCCCUCAAAGUCACCGAUCCCAAGACCGGCGAGACUGGCUAUCGAGUUGGUCUAGAAGUAUUCCACCAGUUGCACUGUCUGAAUCUCCUGCGCAUGUCCACAUAUCCUGAAUAUUAUACCAAGCUGUGGUGGUCGGAUACGAACGACAAGCCUGAGUACGUGCGAGCGCAUCUUGAUCACUGCAUCGAGAUCCUGCGCAUGAACCUCAUGUGCCUGUCCGAUGUUAACGUCUUCACCUUUCACGACGUGCCUGGCAAGAAGGGAGCAUGGCCGGACUACGAGUCGCACCACGUGUGCCGCAACUUCGAUAAGAUCAAACAGUGGGCGAACGACAACGCGAUGCCGUAUGAGGAUGUGUAA